CUUGAUCUUCCUACUCCGUCGUCUUGUCUUGUGCCUGUGUCACCUGACUUGUCUUGGUGUUGAGUGGAUUUGGGUGGUGAAAAUUGAAUAUUGAAAAGAACCAAUUUUAUAAGAAAAAUGUCAGGAAAAGACAGAUUGGCUAUAUUUCCUUCUCGUGGUGCUCAAACACUAAUGAAAGGUCGUCUGAAGGGAGCUCAGAAGGGACACAGUUUGCUGAAGAAAAAGGCUGAUGCAUUGCAAAUGAGGUUCAGACUCAUCCUCAGCAAAAUUAUUGAGACAAAAACGUUGAUGGGUGAAGUGAUGAAGGAGGCAGCUUUCUCCCUUGCAGAGGCCAAGUUCACUACUGGUGAUUUCAACCAAGUUGUCCUUCAGAAUGUCACAAAGGCACAAAUCAAAGUACGCACAAAGAAGGACAAUGUUGCAGGUCAGUUUUUACAGGGGCACGAUUAUAAUAAGAUUCUUGGACUUGUUCU